AUGAGCCAGAAGGAGGGAAACUCAGGAAGAAACAGUGAUCAGAGUCUGGCCCCACGGAUCAUCCCCAAAACGAAGUAUCGAGGGGGCCUUUCACAGACCAACAUCAAACAUCAGAAGGACUAUGAGAAGAAGGUGACAGAUGAAGACAUGAUCCUAAAACUGGGGAAACUGGCCUUUCGGCAGCUUCUGAAAGGCAACCUCAUCUUCUAUAAAAAGGACUUGAGAGAGUGUGGCAUUGAUAGAGCUGUGAAAGAAGCUUUAAAGAGUAAGAAUGGACAUCUGGAUCUUUUCCUGCGGUUCCUUCUGGGUCUCUCAGUGGAGUCCAAUCAGACUCUCUUACGAACACUACUGACACAGACAGGAAGCUGCUCCUACAACAAAGAGGAAACAGUUCAGUUCAUCAAGCAGAAGAUCAGAGAGAAUCGCUCUCCAGAGAAAUCCAUCAAUCUGCUAUGUGGAUGCAAUCUCACUGCUCAGUCCUGUGGAAGUUUGUCUUCAGCUCUACAAUCCUCAAACUCAAACAUCCUGAGAGAGCUGGACCUGAGUAACAAUGACCUGAAGGAUUCUGGAGUGAAGCUUCUUUCUGAUGGGCUGAAGAGCCCAAACUGUCAGCUGGAGAUACUGAAGCUAUGUGGAUGUAAUCUCACUGCUCAGUCCUGUGGAAGUUUGUCUUCAGCUCUACAAUCCUCAAACUCAAACAUCCUGAGAGAGCUGGACCUGAGUAACAAUGACCUGAAGGAUUCUGGAGUGAAGCUUCUUUCUGAUGGGCUGAAGAGCCCAAACUGUCAGCUGGAGAUACUGAAAUUGUCUGGCUGUAUGGUGACAGAGAAAGGCUGUCAUGAUGUGUCUUCAGCUCUGAGUUCAAACCCAUCACACCUGAGAGAACUGGAUCUGAGCUACAAUCACCCCGGAGAUUCAGGAGUCAAGCUGCUUUCUGAAAAACUGGAGGACUCAAAUUGCUCAUUGGACAAACUGAAUGUGGAUCAUGGAGGAGAAUCCAGGAUUACAGCAGGACUCAAGAAAUGGGUCUGUUUUCUCACACUGGAUCCAAACACAGCACACACUGAUCUCAGUCUGUCUGAAGAGAACAGAAAGGUGACACAUGUGAGAGAGAGUCAGUGGUAUCCUUAUCAUCCAGACAGAUUUUAUGAGUAUCCUCAGGUGUUGUGUAGAGAGAGUGUGUGUGGACGCUGUUACUGGGAGAUUGAGUGCAGAGGUGUGUAUAUAUCAGUGUCAUAUAAGACCAUCAGCAGGAAGAGAUGGGGUGAGGAGUGUGUGUUUGGAAAUAAUGAUCAGUCCUGGAGUUUGUUCUGCUCUUCCUCCAGUUACUCAUUCAUACACAAUAACAUAGUGACUGAUCUCUCUGUGAAGCCCAUCAGCAGGAGAACAGGAGUGUCUGAUGAUGAUGUCAGUAGAAUAGGAGUGUAUGUGGAUCACAGUGCAGGAACUCUGUCCUUCUACAGCGUCUCUGACACAAUGAGCCUCAUCCACACAGUCCAGACCACAUUCACUCAGCCGCUCUAUCCUGGGUUCUGGGUUUGUUAUUAUGGAUCUUCAGUGAAACUGUGUUGAUGAAUCAGAAGAGACUGAUGACUGAUGAAAGAUUCUACCCAUGAUGCUUUGAGCUGCAUGAUAAAUCAGUAACAGUGAGACGUUAUAGAGUCUCUUCAUGACAUUAAUACAGCAGCUGAACUUCUGUCAUUGAAAUAACAGAAUAAAUGUGUCAGAAAUCCUCUUAUAGACAGAUCAGUGUGUUUUUAUUGCAGUGUCACAUCAAUCAUUUGUAUUAUUUCUAUCAAAAAUGUUCUUUUAAUUGAAAAGUUCGUCAUUCAUUUUUCUUUAUUGUUUUUGAGCAUAUAUAAUAAAACAUGAUGAGAAAUGAACUUGAGAUCAGAUCUGAAUUGAUGUUUGUAUCAUGAAUAUAAUCGAUUCCUCACAAGACUGAUAUGAGCUUCAGGAGAGUUUCUGACAUUAUGAAAUAAAACAUUAAUCAUAGCAUUUAAUAAAAUAUACUGUAACUACAGAAAAGCUGUAUUAAACUAUUAUGGGAUCUCUUUCAA